CCGGCUCCGGCUCCGGCGGCAGCGCCAGCGGCAGCGGCAGCGGCAGCGCAGCGGCGCCCGCAGCAUCGCCGAGCCUGACGCCGAGAAGGGAGAGCCCACUGCCUGCCCACCCGUGGCCAUGGAAGGUGGCGUGCAGCUCCUCAACCGUGAUGGUCACAGCAUUUCCCACAACUCCAAGCGGCACUAUCAUGAUGCCUUUGUGUGCAUGAACCGCAUGCGGCAGCGGGGGCUGCUCUGCGACAUCGUGCUCCAUGUGGGUACCAAGGAGAUCAAGGCCCACAAGGUGGUGCUGGCGUCCUGCAGCCCGUACUUCCACGCCAUGUUCACAAAUGAGAUGAGUGAGAGCCGCCAGACCCAUGUGACGCUACACGAUAUUGACCCACAGGCUUUGGAGCAGUUGGUGCAAUACGCUUACACAGCCGAGAUUGUGGUGGGCGAGGGGAAUGUGCAGACUCUCCUUCCUGCUGCCAGCCUGCUUCAGCUCAAUGGUGUGCGGGAUGCUUGCUGCAAGUUCCUACUCAGCCAGCUUGACCCAUCCAACUGCCUAGGCAUCCGGGGUUUUGCUGACACACACUCCUGCAGUGACCUCCUCAAGUCUGCGCACAAGUAUGUCCUCCAACACUUCGUGGAGGUGUCCAAGACAGAGGAGUUCAUGUUGCUGCCUCUCAAACAGGUGCUGGACCUCAUUUCUAGUGAUAGCCUCAAUGUGCCAUCAGAAGAGGAGGUGUAUCGGGCUGUGCUCAGCUGGGUCAAGCAUGAUGUGGACAGCAGAAGACAGCAUGUCCCCAGGCUCAUGAAGUGUGUGCGACUGCCCUUGCUGAGCCGGGACUUCCUCAUGAGCAAUGUGGACACAGAAUUGCUGGUGCGGCACCACUCGGAGUGCAAGGAUCUGUUGAUUGAAGCCCUCAAGUAUCACCUCAUGCCAGAGCAGAGAGGGGUCCUUAGCAACAGCAGGACAAGGCCACGGCGCUGUGAGGGGGCCAGCACCGUUCUCUUUGCUGUAGGUGGGGGGAGCCUAUUUGCCAUCCACGGGGACUGUGAGGCUUAUGACACGCGGACGGACCGGUGGCAUAUGGUGGCCUCCAUGUCGACUCGCAGGGCCAGAGUGGGCGUUGCUGCCAUUGGGAACAAGCUGUAUGCUGUGGGCGGUUAUGAUGGAACAUCUGACUUGGCCACAGUGGAAUCCUAUGACCCUGUCACCAACUCCUGGCAGCCUGAGGUGUCCAUGGGCACCAGGAGGAGCUGCUUGGGUGUAGCAGCACUUCACGGGCUUCUCUAUGCUGCUGGGGGGUAUGAUGGGGCCUCGUGCCUGAACAGUGCAGAGCGAUAUGACCCUCUGACAGGCACUUGGACAUCCAUCGCUGCCAUGAGCACCCGGAGACGCUAUGUCCGUGUGGCAACACUAGAUGGCAACCUCUAUGCUGUUGGAGGAUACGACAGCUCGUCCCACUUAGCCACAGUAGAAAAGUAUGAGCCCCAGAUCAACACCUGGACACCCAUUGCCAACAUGCUAAGUCGCCGGAGCAGUGCAGGAGUGGCUGUGCUAGAGGGGAUGCUCUAUGUGGCUGGUGGCAAUGAUGGGACCAGCUGCCUUAACUCUGUUGAGCGCUACAACCCCAAAACCAACACAUGGGAGAGCGUGGCACCCAUGAAUAUCCGUAGGAGCACCCAUGACCUGGUGGCCAUGGACGGGUGGCUGUACGCAGUGGGUGGCAAUGAUGGGAGCUCCAGCCUGAACUCCAUCGAGAAGUACAACCCCCGCACCAACAAGUGGGUGGCAGCUUCGUGCAUGUUCACGCGCCGGAGCAGCGUGGGGGUGGCUGUGCUGGAACUGCUCAACUUCCCUCCCCCUUCUUCGCCCACCCUAUCGGUGUCUUCGACGAGUCUUUGACAAAGAAUCAGGGCCUGCUUUAUCUCAAGGGGACAGGGGUGCCUGGCAGAGUGCCAGGCCAGUGUGGCCUGCCUCACGGGGCAGUCAGUCACUGUAGGAGGGAAGCAAAGGUACUGACUGCUGCCUCCAACCUCAGCACUCCUGUGAGCCCCAGGGGGCCAUCCCCGCUCUUGGUGCACACAUCGGUUCAGCACGACAACGGUGGUUAGAAAUGCGCUUCCUGUAUGAGGGCCCUUCUCCCAACUGAUGGGGAAAGGGGGUGCUCUCAGCUCCGUUUGGACACAUCUCACCACUCACCCGAAAGGUGUUUGUUUCCUUUGGGGAAGGGAAACUUCACCAUUGUUGCUUCGUGGAUUAACAUUAUCCAGCCAAUGCUACACAUAUGAGCACAGCCAGCCUCAGCGGCUUCCAGGAGUCCUGCAGGGUGGCCGAGGUGGACAGCUCUCCUCCCAAGGACAUGGCUGAAUGUACAACUGCUCCUAUGAAUGUCACUGUAGCCAAACUCUUUACCAAGUCUACUGCUCACUGUUAAAGACUUUGAGACCACUGCAUGGUUCUCAAUGGUGUCUAACUGAUGCCUUAAAGCAAACAAAUGAAAGAAGCCCAACUAAGGGAUGGGGCCUGGAGGAAGCAAAGUAUGGAGAUAAAGCUGGAUGCAACAUCCUGAACCCUCUGUUUCCAUAGUUGACUGGUCCCACCUCAUUCACUGAGAUCCCAACUGACCACUGCUGUGGGGAGUGCCCAGACAGGUGGAUGGGUUGAAUGAACUGAUUUGCAUUUGCACCAUUGCUCUCCAAGGUUCAGCGGCUGUCUGCUAUCUGCAUGUAGUUCUGGUUCACAGUUUGACUGGGAUCAGAUCAGCCAGAUUGCUGUUUCCCUCUCUGCAAAGCAGAUUCUGGGCUUAUGGAAAGGUCUUGGUUCUUAAAGAACAGUUCAGCCUCAAGAAGAGUUUCCUGGCAUUACUUGCUUUAUUUUCUGCCUCUUUUAUUUGAAUGCAUUUUUGGAAAAUGUUACUGACUCGACAGCCCUUUAUUUUUACGCUUUCCUGGUAUUCCCAAUCCCAUCUGCACUUAAAGCAGCAAAAGGGUACAAUUAUUUUUUUAAUUGUCAAUGAGACAAUGUUCUGGAAGGUGUUCUCUACAGAUGUGUGGGAGUGCAUGCAUGUGUGAGAUACUGUAUGUACAGUGAAAAGAGCAUGGAAGGGACCAUUUGCAAUUAGCAACUUCCUGGCAAUUAAGCAGCCACUUUAAUUAACUAAAGAUUGGAUAAAUUAGAAUUGUAGUCACAAUUACUCACCUGUGGUUCUAGACCCACUUGUGCCAUGGAACCUCUUGGUUAGUGACUUUGGAUAUGUUUUUAGCGUGUAUGCCCUAAAGUGUGUGGAUGAGUCUUGAACGAAGAGAUAUUGUCAGGUGCUCUCUACAUUAUAGAGGAAUGAGUCACCUCAACAGUGUUCAAAUUUGGCAUUGGAAAUAUGGUAUUAACUGAAAACCUUUUUCUAAUUUAUUCCUUUAUCCUUUUUCCCUUACUCCUUCGCCUUUCCUACUUACAGUGCUUAGAUUUCACUUGUGAUGGUUUUUGUUGGCUUAAAUUUUUAAAAGUGGGUAGAGAUUCUUUGUUCUCCUCUUUUUUGGGGAGAGGCAAAAGAAGAGUCGGAGGAGAGAUGAGGACUUCCCAACUUAAGAGAGUUUUUAUUGCGAUCUUUUUUCUCCUGGACAGGUGCCCAUCAUGUUUUAUAAGCCCACUUACAGUGCCUGAAGUUGGAUACCAGAAAUUACCAGCUGAUUCUGAAAAAAAUCUAGGCUGCUUCUCCCCAGCCUCUCUCCAAAGACACACUCUGGAAUUUCAGGCUGUGGUGAUUUCUUUUCUUUUUGGCUUUUAGGACAGACUUUAAAUCUACUUUUAGUUCCCAUCUCACUUGCCAAGCCUUUGACACAGUCACAGCUGAGCGGCUUUCCCAUUCCUGUAUAUUGUGGAGGACACCCUGUAAUGACUCUUGGUGAACAUGGCAAGCAUGGCAAUAGGGCUGCCAUAAAUAGGUCUCCUUGGUUCAGAAAAACUCAGACAACUCAGAAUUCAGAAAUCUGCUUGGUUCAGAAAACUAUGAAAUCACUGGUUUGCUCUUUUUCUUGUGUGUGUGUGUGUGUGUGUGUGUGUGUGCGUGCGCGUGUGUGUGCUUGCAUGCCUGAGAGAUGUCCAUCCUUUUCUUCCCAGGAUUUUAGUCUUCUACUGGAUUGGUAUCAACCAGUAUAUUCAAGGUGCCCCUGGCUCUAGGGUCCUCUUGGAAGGAGGAUCAGCCUAAUAGUCAUGGACCUGUCAGCAGUGAAUGGUGCUGGCUACUGGGACUUGGCCUGACAUGCUGGGGCUUCUACUGGGGCCUCUGCAUAAGGCAAGGGGAUGGAAUAAGGAGAGCAUAGAUCAGCCACCUCGCUGAUGGCAGCACCAUGCAAUAAGCAGGGGCAGUGCAGGGGCCAGAAGGGAACUGCUGAGGAGAGAAACAGGACUGAGCUGAAACAAGGAAUGAGGUUUUGGAGCAGUGGCUCAACUUCUUACCAGCUGCUGCUACUGCUGCUGCAGCAUGAGCAGUGUUACUGCCUUAGAGAGGUGACAGGCAGGCAAAAGCGGAGGAGAGCAGUGUAACUGGCUGAGGAGCACAUUUGUGCUGUGUCUCCUUGGCCCCACUUGUAAUCUUAGACAACUUUAUAAGUGGUGUGCAAUGCUGUUCUGCCUCUCGAGGGAGCACAUAAACAGGCAGUGUGACUUCUGUUGCCCACUGGUUGGGUCCUGAGCAAUAUCCACCACUGAGCCUGUUCUGCAGAAGCUUGGGGAGGAGGGAUCCUUUUGUGGCUCUGAUGUACUAACUAUGCAGGUGCUUAUUGCUUUCCUGUAAUGGAAAAAAAGGAAAGAAAAGGGGAAAUAGAUCCCCAGCAGCUUGUGGGGGUCCAGAGCACCCCAAACUACACUGUGUGGACACAAGGUGUCAGCAUCUGCCCUGGGAGGAGAUCCCAGGGAUGAAACUGUUUCUGGUGCUGCAAAUCCCUUGCUGAGGCAGUGGCCUUGGAGAGGGGUAUGCGUCUGUGUGUGUCUGUGUGUGUGUAGUACCCUGUCUGAGGAGGGGAAGAGAACUGUCAAUGAUCUGUGGUUUCUCAGCUGGUUUUAGUUAGUGGUGUCUUGCCCAAAAUACCAGUUGUGCGAUUUUCUGUGUGAGCUGUUUCCAGCUGAGGAGCAUUCCUAAGCAGGUGAUGGCUCCUGGCUGUGUGUGUUGCCGUGUUUCACACAGGGAUCCUGCUGUCAGUCUGCAGUGAGAUGGCAAGGGUAAGCAGGAGCUCUUGCCCUGUCCUGGGGGAGAUGUUCACUUGGCCUUGCUGCUAGGCAGACCUGGUCUACUCCAUGUCAAACUGUCGUCGUUUUGAUUUCUCUGUAAGUUAUCUGACUUAUUUAUGUGGAACUCUGUUUCUCUGAAUUUUUGCACUAUGUGGGAUUGGGGAGGGGAUACAAGCAAUACAAGCCAAUGUGUACAAUAAAGACGUUUUCUUGAAUCCUU